AUGACCACAACUGAGAAUUCCUCGCCAUCUACUGCCGAAGCUAACAAUAAACUGCCGGAUGAUAUAAAGGAUACAAGUAAUGACAGUACGGAGUACAACUUAUCUGGUGGGUCCUCUUGUCUUUAAUAGGCAUUUUCGUAGCGCAAAGUUAUGUCGAUUAACAUUUUAGACUCUCAGAGUGUGAACGAAUCAAUUGAAAAUGGGGUUAAUGGCUAUAUGCGUGAGUUAUCCAUCAUUUUUUGGUUAAACAAUACCUUAAUUUUCAGAAAGUCAGCCAUCCAUAAGUACAGAAGAAGACUUCAACGAAUGCAUCGAACAUUGUAUGGUCAUUUAUGACUUUACAACAGAUCCUCUGUCUGAUCUCAGGAAGAAAGAAACAAAAAGAAAUGCAUUAAAUGCCCUUAUAGAUUAUGUUACGAUGUCACAAAAGCCGUUCUCGGAUAAUGUCCAUAAAAGAUCGGUGGGGUUGGUAGGUUUAUUCCACACAAGGUGUAUUAUUUGUUUAGUUUUCCCAUAAUUGUUUUCGAAUCCUUGGACCUCCUUCAAACUCAGGAGUUGAGUUUGAUCCGGAAGAAGAUGAGCCUGUUCUUGAAGCGAGUUGGCCUCAUUUACAAGUAAGUUCAACUUUCUUGCAUGUAUUAUCCGACUUCAGUUAGUGUACGACUUCUUCCUACGAUUCGUUGAGUCUCAGUCUUUCCAAGUGCCUAUCGCUAAAAAGUAUAUUGACCAGAAGUUUAUAGUUCAGGUGAGUAAUCAUGUAUUCUUAACGUUUGCUUUUUAGCUUCUCGAAUUGUUUGACAGUGAAGAUAUCAGGGAGCGCGAUUUUUUAAAAACAAUUUUACAUCGAAUUUACGGGAAAUUUUUGAACCUCCGGUCAUUCACGAGACAACAGAUAAAUAAUAUUUUCUACACAUUUAUCUACGAAACAGAAAGACACAAUGGGAUUGCCGAAUUGUUGGAAAUAUUAGGAAGCAUAAUUAACGGAUUCAGUGUCCCGCUAAAAGAAGAACAUGUUACUUUUCUAUUACGAGUACUGUUGCCUUUACACAAAGUAAGACAAACUACUUUUUCUAAUUACUGUCUAGGCCAAAUCUCUCAUUAAUUAUCAUGCCCAAUUGGCUUACUGUGUUGUGCAAUUUAUCGAUAAGGACGUCGCUCUAACCGAAAGUGUUGUACAUUCAUUACUCAAAUACUGGCCAAAAGUAGCGAGUCCAAAAGAAGUAAUGCUUUUAAAUGAAUUGGAAGAAGUUCUCGAUGUCAUGGAACCUCCUGAGUUUAAGAAAGUAAUGGUGCCCUUGUUUUAUCAACUCUCUCGAUGCGUUUCCUCGCCUCAUUUCCAGGCAAGGAAUUCAAAUUUGACCGUAUUUCGAUGUUUAGGUUGCGGAAAGAGCGCUUUAUUUCUGGAAUAAUGAAUGCAUAAUGGCUCUGGUCAGCGAAAACAUUGAAACGAUAUUACCUAUCAUGUUCCCAUGUCUAUACCGCAAUUCGAAAACACAUUGGAAUAAGUAAGCUGAAUAUUUAUUGAUUUUAUUUUGAGUUCAGAACAAUACAUGGCUUCAUUUACAAUGCGCUGAAAAUGUUUAUGGAGGAAGACCAGAAGUUGUUUGAUCUUUGUACUCAAAAUUACAACAAACAACUACAGGCGGAAACAUCAGUCGAAGAAGAAAGAGAACAAAAAUGGAAAAAGUUGGAAGAGAAGGCCAAAACUAAUCCCCAGGUGAGUUGAUUUGUUUGGUUUUGCUUAUCAUGACGUUAUAACGCGUUAUAAUCAUUGUGGGUUUUUCUAUUUAUUUGGUAAUUUCAAUGAAAAGCUAAUGGUUUUUAGUUCUUUCAGUAUAUUGAAUUCAAAAUGGAGGCCCUAAAUGUACAGUAA